UUUGCCCCUGACUAUAGCAUCUACUUUAAAAGAUCUGCAGUGGAAAGGUUUCCCCCUUGAGUUUUUCAAUCUAUCAUUUUUAAUGGAUUUCUUCUCUUUCUUACUGUUUUAGCUACAUUAUAAUUCUUAAUAACACUUACCAUAAGGCUCAUGUUGAUUUUUUGCCCUUUAUCAAUGCUUGUUUACCUGUUGCCUUUACUAACUACUGGAUCUGUUGCAGGUGCUCAUGUUGCUCCAGUUUCGCAGACUAUGUCUGGUACAUUGACAGUUCCUGCUAAUAUAUCCGGUGCUCCUGUUGCUGCAGUUUCACAGACAGUGAACUUGACAAGCCAUGCUGAGAACUCUGGGAUCUCGUCAGUGAUAAAUGCAGGCACAAGCAAGGUUGUGAGUUCGAAAAUCUCCAACCUCAGAAAGCAUCAAAGGACAGAAGAAGCAACUUUUGAGCAUCCAAAAAUGCAACGGACAAGUGGGGCUUUUGAUGAAGCAUGUCUGGCAUCAGUGACUAAGGCUGGAGCUGGGUCACGCGCUGGUACUGUCCUGGAACUGGAAGGUCCUAAGCAAGAAGUUGAGCACCGCUAGCUUCUGGACUUGCGAGUGAAGAGGCGUUUUUUUAUUUUUAUGAAACAAGAUGCUGUUGGAACAAAAGGAAAAAAAAAUCUGCUGCUGCGUGUACUGCACUCUGCUUAUGUGACCCUGGAAUCUAAUGUUAUGUUAUAUGAUGAUGCAACUAUUUUUAUGA